ACUGUAGCUUUUUAGUUGUCUUUAUAUUGUUUCUCUAGCGGUUGAUAAGAGGACAAAUACUCAUCUUCUGAUAAAGCUAACUGCUUAAACAUCUCUCCCUUCAUUUAUGCUCAGAAAGUAACCAAACAGGAAGAACAGAUAUGAAGCUUUGGACUUCGGCUCUGUUGUUGGCCAUUUUCAUCCAUGGUGUUGCAGGUGAUGGUUUUGUCAAAACUGGAAGAACUCGUUUUCUGUUGAAUGGAAGUCCUUACUAUGCCAACGGCUUCAAUGCCUACUGGCUGAUGUAUGUCGCCUCUGAUCCAUCUCAGAGAUCGAAGGUCUCUGCUGUGUUUCGCGAAGCCUCAAGCCACGGCCUUACGGUUGCAAGAACUUGGGCUUUCAGUGAUGGUGGAUAUAGACCUCUUCAAUACUCUCCUGGAAAUUACAAUGAACAAAUGUUUCAGGGGAUGGACUUUGUUGUAGCUGAGGCCAGAAGGUUUGGAAUCAAGCUGAUAUUGAGCUUAGUUAACAACUAUGAAAACUUUGGAGGGAAAAAGCAGUAUGUAAAUUGGGCAAGAAGUAAGGGGCAGUACCUGAAUUCUGAUGAUGAUUUCUUCAGAAACCCAGUUGUGAAGGGAUUCUACAAAAAUCAUAUUAGGACCGUUCUUAACAGAUACAACAGUUUCACCAGAAUCCAUUACAAGGAUGAUCCAACAAUAAUGGCCUGGGAGCUAAUGAAUGAGCCCAGAUGCACAUCAGACCCAUCCGGAAGGACAAUCCAGGCUUGGAUCAUGGAAAUGGCUUCCUUUGUGAAGUCCAUUGAUAGAAACCACUUGCUGGAAGCUGGUUUAGAAGGAUUCUAUGGACACUCAUCACCUCAGAGAAUGAGACUCAACCCAGGUUUCAACAUUGGUACAGACUUCAUAGCAAACAACAGAAUCCCUGGCAUUGAUUUUGCAACUCUCCAUUCCUAUCCUGAUCAAUGGUUAUCAAGCUCAAAUGAUCAAUACCAGCUUUCAUUCUUAAACAAUUGGAUUUCAACACACAUACAAGAUGCAGAGUACAUUCUACACAAGCCAAUUCUCCUCACAGAAUUUGGAAAAUCAUGGAAGGUUCCAGGUUUCAGCACAAGUGAAAGGGACAUUCUAUUCAACACGGUAUACUACAAAAUAUACUCAUCGGCGAGAAGGGGAGGCGCCGCCGCCGGAGGCCUAUUCUGGCAGCUACUGACGGAAGGAAUGGAUUCUUUUCGCGAUGGAUACGAAAUAAUCCUGAGCCAAAACCCUUCAACGGCGAACGUGAUUACUCAACAAUCUCGCAGACUGUAUCAAAUCAGAAGGAUUUUCGCUAGAAUGAGAAACAUCGAGAGGUGGAAGAGGGCAAGAGCUGCAAGGGGCAAAAGAAUCGGAAAUUGAGAAGAGAGAACAACUUCUCUGCAAAAUUGAGAACCUGGGUUUGUGUUUUAAUGGCGGAUGGAGAGGAUUUUGGGAAAAGGGUUUCUGUCUUUGAGAUGAAUCGUCUUUCGUCCAGGAGGAAAGCUGAAAUUUUUAUGUGGUUUUUCAUCUGGGGUUUGCAAGUUCUUACAGAUAUAAAUAUAGAUUAUAUAAAAGAAAGAAACUGAAAGUAGAAUGAAAGGAAACAAGUUUGAUGUAGUUGGGUAUGAAUAGCUACUUGACUCCAAAUUUCAUAUACACAUUGUUGUUUGCAGGUUUGUGAUUUUGUGUUUUGAGUAUUGUAACUUUAUUUGAAAUCUAAAAAGUGUUUUGACUAUGGAUGCUUUAAUGAAAUAAUAUUUAAUUAUGCA